AUGUCACUGAAGACACCCGGCUCGGGUGCUCUCGAGCUUUGGCCGGGGAGGGCAGACCAUCCCAGCACCCCCAUCCUCAGAAUCAAGACAACAGACCACAAACAACAAAACAUCAACCGGAUCAUCAUGUCGGCCACUCGUCUAUCCACCCUGUCACGUCCCAUGAACAAGCUGCCCAUUAUCAACCGACUGGCGCUCAUGACCCCUCAAUACCGUCGAUUGUCGACCAGCUCGACGUCAUAUUCACAACCCUCCCCUAUCGUCAAGGCAGACUCGGCCGCAGAUGCCCCCUACGUUAGGGGCACAAUCAACGACCCUACUACCUUUCCACCACCCAGCAAAGCCCACGGAUCGAUUCAUUGGACCUUCGAGAGAUCGGUUGCCGCCAGCUUGAUCCCGCUCUCGGCCGCCACUGCUAUUUCCAGUGCCAAUCCAAUUCUUGACGGGGUCAUCGGGGUAUUCUUGAUUGCCCAUUCUCACAUGGGAUUCGAUCAAUGCUUGGUCGAUUAUGUUCCCAAACGUAAAUUCCCUGUGAUCAGCCCGAUCGCCACUUGGACCCUACGAGCAUUAACGUGCGGCGUUCUCGUUGGAGUGUACCAAUUCAACACGCACGACAUCGGUAUGACCGAGUUGAUCAAGAAGGCAUGGAAGGCUUGAACAGAAGAAAUGGGGACGAUAAUUUAGAACUUUUCUCGGUCGUCUCAGUUGAUCACCGUCAAACGUUACACUGAAACCUUCAUUUAGAACUUAAUCUGACUCUCAUCCUUGUCUGCUCAUACAAGUAUCAUCAUGUUUGUUUUUGUCAUCUUUGUACAGCAAUCAAUCGAUUUUCAUCCAAUCCUCUUUUCAGUCUUGUCUUCAACUCAAUCAGACAUCCAUCCAUUGAAAAGCUGUUUGG